CAGGCUCCUCCCCCACCGGGGCGGUCUGAGCGGCGGAGAAAGACCCGUGUGAGGCCGGGACGGCCCCGUGGUGGCUCAUGGCUGCCUCCGGGGCGCUCAGCACUUUCCGUCUCCCGCCGUUGCCCACGAUUCGAGAAAUCAUUAAGUUGUUCAGACUGCAAGCGGUGAAGCAGCUCUCCCAGAAUUUUCUCCUGGACUUGAGGCUAACAGAUAAGAUUGUAAGGAAAGCUGGCAAUCUGACAAAUGCCUAUGUGUAUGAAGUGGGCCCUGGGCCGGGAGGAAUCACAAGGUCCAUUCUCAAUGCCAGUGUGGCUGAACUUCUGGUGGUCGAAAAGGACAGUCGCUUUAUUCCUGGAUUACAGAUGCUUUCUGAUGCAGCACCUGGAAAACUGAGAAUUGUCCAUGGAGAUGUGUUGACAUUUAAGAUAGAAAAGGCUUUUCCAGAAAGUCUUAAGAGACAGUGGGAGGAUGAUCCUCCAAAUGUACAUAUUAUCGGAAAUCUGCCUUUUAGUGUAUCGACUCCACUGAUUAUCAGGUGGCUUGAAAACGUUUCUCAGCGAGAUGGACCGUUUGCUUAUGGCAGAACCCAGAUGACGCUGACUUUUCAAAAGGAAGUGGCAGAGAGACUUACGGCCAGUACAGGAAGCAAACAGCGAAGUCGCCUUUCUGUCAUGGCCCAGUACCUCUGCAGUGUUCAGCACGUUUUUACAAUUCCAGGUCGAGCUUUUGUACCCAAACCCGAGGUGGAUGUGGGCGUGGUGCACUUCACGCCCCUGACACAGCCCAGGAUACAGCAGCCAUUCAAGCUAGUGGAAAAAGUCGUCCAGAACGUGUUUCAGUUCCGAAGGAAAUACUGCCACCGGGGGCUCGGAAUGUUAUUCCCUGAAGCACAGCGCUUAGAAAGCACCGGAAAACUCUUACAGUGGGCAGACGUGGACCCUACUCUUCGACCCAGGCAACUCACCAUCUCACAUUUCAGGAGCCUCUGUGAUGUGUACCGAAAAAUGUGUGAUGAAGACCCAAACCUCUUUGCUUAUAAUUUCAGAGAAGAAUCCAAGAAAAAUAAAAGCAAAAAGCAGGAAAAAAGAGAAUGACAGUGAGAGUUACAGACUAUAGCUGCCACUUCCGGGGCGAGCAGCUUACUGGAUGUUGGUUUUCACAAGGCCGAGCUUCCCAUAUGUGGACUCUUUUGCCUUCUACAGAAUGACAAUAAAAAUACCAAUUACCGGAUGUGACUUCCUUCCCAUUUACUGUACAGCUUGGUAGAGAAAAUAAAUAUAAUCAAGUUACAGUA